AUGACAAGAUCAACACAAGAACAAGAGUACUCACCGCUCUUGUCAAAGUACUCAAAGAGUACUCGUGAUCUUAUCAUUAUAUAUCUGUUGUCCUUUAUGAUUCUACUGACUCUAGUGGCAAUAGGAAUGACUACCUUUCUAAAUCUUCUACCAAGUAUAAAACUUGGUAAAGAGUUCAUAGAGACAUCAUGUUUGGUGAAGGAACAUGAAAUCAAUAUUACACAACAUUACAUGGGACAAGAGUGUAUUAAGCUGAAUCGUGAGAUAUGGUGGUAUCCAUUACUUGGUCAGAACUCAUUCUAUCACAAUGUAGUACAACAUGGAAACACAUCAGACUCUGCUGAUGAUUGGGAAGGAUACAACAAUGAUGGCAUGGAUGGCGAGGGCUCAGGCGUUGGAAUCACAUGCUAUCAAGGACUGUUUGUAGUGGAGUAUCAACUCGAUGCUGCUUAUAACAAUGUGUUGGUUCAUAGCAACAUCAGUGGAACAUGGAAUUCACGUCUGCGAUGGGUCGACGAUUAUUUAGUGGCUUUUAAGGUAUGA